AUGUGUGGAUGUCAGUGUGAGGGAAUGUGUGAACCAAACACAUGUCAAUGCGCUUUGGAUAACAUUGGCUGUCAGGUGGAUGGUCCAGAUGAGUUUGGAAGAUCUCACCCGUGCUCAUGUACAUCAGAGAGAUGUUUGAAUCCUUAUGGAAGGAUCGAGUUCGACCCAGAACAUGUAAAGAAUCACUAUCGAAUAACGAUGAUGCGAUUGCAUCAUGCUGAACAGAAGGGCGUGUACGAUUCUCCUCAACGAAUUCGUUUUAACUCGGAAGGAGAGCCUGAAUCGGUUGCACAUUUCACUCCUCCACCGAUCAGAGUAAGAUUUAUAGUUUUGUUUGCGAGGUUGGUGCACAAAAUGGACAUCAAGCCUUAA